AACACAAUACACAUCAUCCGCCAACAACACAAUGACAACCACAAUUUCUUUAAUGCAGAGAACAUAUCAUCAUCCCAUACCAUACAAUUUCGACCAUAUUCUUUCUUAGCAACCCCAAAAAAAGAAAAACCAAAUAUACAAUGCUCCGUUCUGGAACUGCAUUCACCCCUCUUCCAUCAACCUCCCUCAGCCAAACCAAAACCCACCCUGACCCUCAUAGAGUAAUACUCCCCAUUAUUUCAGCCCAACUCCCUAACAUCUCCUACACUGUUUCCGACACCGCCCUCGAGUCUCGAGGCCUCAUCCUACACCGUACACCUGAAGGCCUCAACCUUAACCAACUUAACUCGGUGUUCGUAGCCGUGGGGUUCCCUCGACGGGACCCUGAUAAAAUACAGGUUGCCCUCGAACAUACGGACUCUCUUAUAUGGGUUGAGUCCCUAAAGACAAAAAGGCCAGUGGCCUUUGCUAGAGCAACAGGGGAUGGAGUGUUCAAUGCUAUCAUAUGGGACGUGGUUGUGGACCCUACAUUUCAAGGGAUCGGGUUAGGUAAAGCUGUCAUGGAGAGGUUGUUAGAGGAGUUGUUGCAGAAAGGAAUUACGAAUGCUCUGUAUUCGGAGCCUCGAGUUCUUGGGUUUUAUAGGCCGAUGGGAUUUGUUGCAGACCCUGAUGGGAUUAGAGGUAUGGUGUACUCCAGGAAACAGAACAAAAACAAGAACAAGUGAUCUUGUUUAUUUAUGUACAUGAAUAAAAAUGUCAACAGAUCUUAUGUGAUCAUAAACGUCCAUAGAAUAAACUAUAAAGUAACAUUAUAACUCAGAAACUCUAAUCUCUCAGGCAGAGCAGAUAAUCCACAGAAGCAACUUGCUUAGUUGUUUUAUUAGUUGUGUUGAUUGCUUCAGUAAUCCAGCUAGUAAUGGCAAUAUUAUUUCAGUGGCAGUAAAUCUGUUGGAUGAAUCACUAGCGUUUUAGGUAGUAGUUGGACAAGAUCGAAACGCUACUUGAGAAAAUUGUGAGUGUUUGGUAAGACAGGUAACAUUUGAGGUUUAUAGGUAGCGGUCUAGCAAAUAAACAUUAUAUAAUAGCAUAAGGUAGAAUUAUUAACUAAUGUUUUUAGUUUCUUUUUCUUUUUUUGUUUAUUAAUUGCUUUAUGACAAUUUUUUAUUUUUUAUUUACAAUAGCA